CCCCAGAAACAGCUACCGUUUAGCACCGUGAUCAACGAUUCACUGUACGGCUUAAUUUCUGCGGGCUAUUCCACCUCUUAACGAACGAAUUUAAAUAAAUAAGGAGGUCGUUAAUGUAGCUUAAACUAAAACAGGACAUAUCGAAUGAUCAUAGAAAAAAAAAAAACACUUGACAACAGAAAACAUCAACAACAAAAGGCGGAAAACAAGGGGCGAGCAAACAAGGCGUUGUUAGCUAGACUAACUAGUUAGCUAGCCGCUGUACUAAGAUACUAAAAGGUUUUUUAUAGGCGUGUUUUUCCUGCUUGGUUUUUGCGAGCUGUGCCUGAUUCAGUCAACUGCGUGGCUGUAAUACGUCCUCGCUUCUCCCCCUUCCCCCGCCGCCCGGCUGGAGAUGAGCGGAAGAUGUCGGUUUCGGGGCUGAAGGCCGAAUUGAAGUUUUUGGAGUCCAUCUUCGAUCCAAACCACGAACGCUUCCGAAUCAUCGACUGGAAACCCGACGAGCUCAGUUGUCAGUUCAACGUUACUGGUGAAAAGCUUCUGAUCAUCCAUUGCAACAUCACGGAGUCUUAUCCCUCCACCUCCCCAAUAUGGUUUGUUGACUCCGAUGACCCCAGCCUUACACAAGUUCUGGAACGCCUCGACGAUGUGAGGAAGGGUAACACGCUGCUCCUGCAGCAGCUGAAGAGGCUGAUCUGUGACCUGUGCCGGCUGUACAACUUGCCCCAGCACCCCGACGUGGAAAUGCUGGACCAGCCUCUCCCGGCGGGCCCCGUGAACCAGGACCGCAAGCAUGGGACAACGGAUGAGGUGACGUCUGAGGAAGAGGAGGAGGAAGAGAUGGGAGAGCAGGACAUCGAGGACCUGGACCACUACGACAUGAAAGAGGAGCCGGCGGACGGGAAGAAGUCUGAGGAUGACGGCAUCGAGAAGGAGAACCUGGCCAUCCUGGAGAAGAUCCGCAAGAACCAGAGGCAGGACCACUUGAACGUAAGUGCCCAUUCGGGCGCGGUCUCUGGGUCGGUGCAGGCCUCGGACCGGCUGAUGAAGGAGCUCCGGGAGAUCUACCGGUCCCAGAGCUACAAGACGGGAAUCUAUUCGGUGGAGCUCGUCAACGAUAGCCUGUACGAUUGGCACGUGAAGCUGCGCACGGUAGACCCCGAUAGCCCGUUGCAUAGUGACCUGCAAGUUCUAAAGGAAAAGGAGGGCGUUGACUACAUUCUGCUCAACUUCUCCUAUAAAGAUAACUUCCCGUUCGACCCACCUUUUGUACGGGUAGUGUCACCUGUGCUCUCCGGAGGUUAUGUUCUUGGAGGAGGUGCCCUGUGUAUGGAACUUCUCACAAAGCAGGGGUGGAGCAGUGCCUAUUCCAUAGAGUCUGUCAUCAUGCAGAUUAAUGCCACUUUAGUCAAAGGAAAAGCCAGGGUGCAGUUUGGAGCCAAUAAGAACCAGUACAAUCUUGCUCGAGCACAGCAGUCAUACAAGUCCCUGGUCCAGAUUCACGAAAAGAACGGCUGGUACACGCCUCCUAAAGAAGAUGGCUAAGGCCUCCACGUGCACGCCCGGACCGCACGUCUUGGGGUCGACGCCUUUUUUGUUUUCAUUUUUAUACACACAUUUUUUCCUGACGCUGAAGUUGUUUACUGGGAGAGCGAUUCCAGGCCAGCUUUGACCUUUUCAGAAACCGUGACAACCAACGGGGUGAAAUCUCCUCACCAACUUCUCCCUUGGCUCAACGGGCAGAUCUUUUCUUGCCCACCCCACCCCACCACCACCCCAAAUCAUGACGACCUGACCCACCCCACCCCCCUGUCCGUUUUUUCCUUCUCUCCACCUUCCUCUCCUUCCCCCCUCUCCCGCUUGGGCCUUCAGGAGAAUCUUAGCCGAAUCCCGUUCCCUCCCCCGCGGUCUUUUCCGGGUUAAAUGGCCCUCCCACAUCCAGGGUCACACUGUCCUCUCUCCUGCUCACUCACCAGGAUGCUUGGGAAGUUGGGUAUUGGGGGGUAUUUGGAGUGAAACCUUGUUUAACCAGUGAGACAUAAAAGGCUUGCACGGUUGGCCCGCUGUGUCCGCGGCACGGGAAAGCGGCUAAGGCGCGAGCAAUGGACUGGGAGAGCCUGGGUCUUAUCUCGUAAAAACUCUUUGCAACGGCCAAGCUCUUGGAAUGGAAGGCGGGGCCUCUGUCCUGCGUUCUGCGGUGGAGGCGAGGACUCGACGGCCCGGCUCUCCGUCGAGAGAGGGCGGCCUCGGGCAGCGAUGGAAGGCCAGCCGGGACACAUUUCCUGCUUUCAGAGAGGCACGGCAAAGCCGCUUCGCGCCAUGGCUUGGGAGUUUUAAUGCAAAAACUAAACGCUAGCAGAGCUGCAGUGGAAGCCGGAGCGGGCGACCGCGACGGUGUGGCCUGCUGCCGCCUCCUUUACAGACAGUUUUCUGGCCCCUGCGUUUUCUUUUCCUUCGUUCUGCGCAAUGUUUCGCUAAAUGUUCUUAAAGGACUAACAUGCUCCACAAGUUUAAUGUCCUGCUCCUGUAAUGGGCUGAUUUUAAAUGGAGAGAGAGUGAGGGGAGGGGCAUGGAAGCAUCUCCUCCAGAAGUGGCUAAGGGAGAGACGCAAUCAUGUGUUUUGUCACGGAUUGUCGCUCCUGCUCCUGGGAGCCAAUCAAAAUGACCCCCUCCCCCCCCUCAAGCUAGGCUAAACCAAGCAAGUUGGAUUUAACCGUUGUACUUGUAGUCGAAUUUAACCCCUUGUAAAAUUGUAAAGAUGUAUCACUGAGAAUGGAAUUGACUUGUAUUUUUAUGUAACUUUGUGUGGGGGUUCUGGGGCACAGUCUAUCCACGCAGCUCUUACUAACAGGGAUAUCCUGGCAUACGAAGAUGCGUAUUUCACAAAUAAAAAAGGAGGAAGAUAGUUUAACUAUUAAGAAAGCAAAGUGGAUGUCAAAACCAUGUUUUUAUGUAAGCAGUAUGGCGGUGCAUGUUUUCCUUGUCGCUGGGAUGAAGCCAUCACUUUUAGCGUGGCAGUCGAUACCACCUUCCUGCAUCAUCCACUGAAAGAACCCAGUUCUGUUUCGGUUUCAAACGUGUCAUUAUUGCGGAAGUGGUCUACCCUUUUUCACAGCUUCGUUUAGAACCUCUCACCUUUUAGCGUAGCUAUGCAGAGAAAGGCCUACUCGGUGUUAACAGGAAGAAGUUGAAGUGUGUAGAUGGUGGAAUGAAAUUGGGGAGCGGACGUUUGCUUGCUUUCUAAACCCGGUUUUAACUGUGGAGCUUGAGACUCGGAAGGUAGCCAUCUUGUGUCCCCGUCAAUUGAUGUUCUGCAGCAUUGGCAGCCCCUCCAUCUCAUCACCCACUGGACUGGGCUGAAGGCCACAGUGCUGGAGAGGCAGUGGUGUGCAUAGACGUACACUAUGCAGGGCACUUCAGGGCCUCGUCUCUGACAGACUGCGCGGUAUCUCUUAAUGCCUUAAGAAGGAUAAAGCCCCUACAAACUCGCCCCUUUUCAAAUUAUAUUUAAGAAAUCUUUUUUUAGACCAAUCCACACUCCAGAUAAUUGUUCUCUUUGGUUCUGUCAGGAAACCGAUUUAGUCUCAUUUUGACACUGAAUUAUUGGGGUUUGCCGAAUACACUGGGAAGCACUGCAAAUGUUGCGCCGAAUACUAAUGCAAUAUAUGGCCUCUUGUGGUUUUCUAGGUUGAAAUGUAUUGAUCUUUCUUUUGAAAAACCUAUAUUCUUAAAACCAGCAUAUUAAGGACCUUCCUCUUUGAAGUGUGUGCUUCUCGCUAUAGAUCGACCCAAAUACUAACACUCUACAGCACUAGAGAAACGGCUGAAUUGUGAAAUCUAACAGCUGGCAUAUUUGCUAAUGUUAAGUUGCAUCGUCCUUGUGUACUUGCCUAAUAACCUAGUCAGUUCACUGAUAACCUGAUCCACAAUACAAUAAGUUGCAUAAAAAAUCUAAAUGAGGGCAUUGUUUUGAAAAGUUGGCUGGUUUAUGAUGGGGGAAAGUCUAAAGGCCCAGCCGCACCAAGAACUAUAGCUAUUGUAUAACGAUGACGAUGUGACCAUCCACGCUUAUGAACAAUAACUCUUGACUAUGUCAUCUGCCGUUUUUAACAUGACACCCUGUAAAGGUUUUUGAUUACCAGUGUUUUAUCGUUAAUGCGGCUGAGCUCAGCUAAAUUGUCAUUGUUAUAACUGUGGUGUGGACUCCAUCCUCCCAACGAGUUUGAAAAGGACUUUCAUAGUUAUCGUAGUUAACUUUCUUGGUGUGGGCUGGCCUUAAGGCCUGCCAGUCACUGCUUGUUUACCGUGACACCCCCGUGGUGAGAUUUGUGUCUGGGCUUCUAAAGGCUUCCUCCACUCGAAGCAGUCAAUCUACAGACAAUGGCUCUUGGUGUUCCGUAGAGAAAUCUGGGGACAAAAACAAACAAAUGAACUCAGGAAUACAAACUGUAGAUUUAAUAUUUACAAAGAAUUACUUCAGACGUUACACGAUGCAAUGUUUUCCAUUGUUUACACUUGGCUUUGCCCUGAAGUUAAAAAAGAAAAAAAAAAGAAAAGAAAAAAAAAAGUACCGCUUAUUCCAUUUAAUGCCGUGGUGAAAGUCAGUGGUUUUCAUGCAGUGUUUAUCACUAUUGGAUGUCAUACAUAUUUUUUCUAUUAGACUCGAUACCUCCAGCAUGUUAAAUGAGUUACGGCAGCCGGAACAUCUGAGCAGUUUGUUGGGAAGCUCUUAAACCGUAAAUUAGGAAACGUUUCCAAAAUCACCCAAUCAAUGAGCUGUAAAUUGAGCGACUGCGACCAUGUUCCUGUGAAAAGUUCUCUCCGGGUCCCAUUGGGUUUGAAACUGCUGUGCCUCAGCUACCAGUGCGUUGGCAUGCAACAAAACACUCGUAUGCAGUUGAAAUAAGUCCCAGGGCAGUCCACUCCGAAUGCUUACGUCUGUGGUUGAGUAAGAGCACAACAUUUCAGUUUUAAGACCAUAUCUGGCAUGCCCGUGACUGCUCAACCCAUCUGAGGUACGGGCACCUCUUCCCCUUGAUAUUUUUAGAAGAAUGCUCUGCUUUACUCCGUUUUAUAACGUUCAGCAAACUACAGUCGGCCCUGUGUAGUUUUGAGAUGACCAGAACAAAGUCUCAUCUUUGUGAGCAGUUUAGAUUCCCUCCCACCGCAUCCGCCCCGCUUCAUCAAAUUGUAUAACAAGCAAGAAAUGAAAGGCCUUUGUAUCUGAGCUUACAAGUCCCUCUGGUUUGAGCAGCUCCUCUGGAGCGCUCGAGGACAGGGGUUUCAUAGCACAAGGGUCAGUUUAUUUUGUGUGGCUGUCCGACAUGCUGUGACUUAAAGCUUCACUCAUUCAAUCGCUGUCCAGGGGUCUCUUAACUGGGCGGCAUUAAGAAAAAAAAAAGACUGGUUUGCCAUUCUAGUUGUGGAUUCCUUUUCUGGCUCCAUCUUGUCCUGGGCAGGUUAUGCACUGUUGGCACGCUUUGUUUUUUUUGUUUUGUUUUUUUCCUCUUUUUUUUUUUUUCCUCCAUUGAAAGAGUAAUUUUGAACAUGUACAGUAAUUUGUAAACUUGCAUCAAGUUUAUGAAUAAAGAAUUUUAAGAAAUAA